AUGGCCAUGUGCACGACGAAGCUGACCAACGGACGACCUGCGCGGAGCCUUGUCAUGACACACGCAGGAUGGACGGACUUGGAUCGGUUGGAGAUCGGACCAAGCCACUGGUGCUCGGCUUUUGCAAGCGCAGAAAAUUUGCCACCAGAAAGUGCCACUCGCACGUCCGCCAAGUCCGUGCAUCGGACCAAACAAGCCCAGCCCUGGAGCAAGAGCGGGCUCCGGCGCGGUGCAACCAGGACAGCCGACGCCCAGCUGGCUGCUCCGACCGGCUCCGCGGAAUUUGUGCGGCGCCACGAACGUCGAACGCCCAGCAGUUGA